UCUUACAAAGCCUGCUCGAAAACGAAACAAAUUUCGAAGAGAUCAAUCGAGGAACCUUUUUACAAAGUGCUACAAAUAUCAACAACAUCGAGUUUCCAAACGAUGACCCGGUCUCUAUGGAUAUUCAAAGCGGCAGAGAUUUCGCUUUACGAGGAUAUAACGAGUACAGAGACUUCUGUGGAUUGAGAAUAGCGAAGGAGUUCGACGACUUAAGGGAUAUUAUUGAUGAUGAGAUAGUUGAAGUCCUCAAAAAGGUUUACAAACACGUGAAUGACGUAGACCUUCUGGUCGGGAUAUUGGCUGAGAAUAAUAUUGAUUCAACAUACGUUGGUCCAACCUUAUUUUGUAUUAUCGUGAAGCAACUACAAGUAUUACGAUUCUCAAAUAGAUUCUGGUUUGAAAGAGGAGACAAUUAUCAUAGUUUCUCUCUAGCUCAAUUAAGUGAAAUAAGGAAAACGAGCAUGGCUCGGCUCGCCUGUGACAAUGCAGAGGGCAUCAAAUAUAUACAACCAAUUGCUUUACUGAGUACUUCUCACUGGAAUGCACCAGUCCCGUGUUCCCAUAUCCCGGGACUUGAAUUAUCGAAAUGGCGGGACGCGAGCUGCAAAGAGAACGUUCCCACUAAAAGCGAAAAACAGGAUUCUAACCAAUAUCACUUUCCGCAAUACUCGUCGUUCAUAAAUGAUAUUUUAUCGUCCAUGCAUUUACGAUAAUUUGAAAUUAUUUUGACUAUAUAGUUAUAAAGGUAAUUCUUUGUUUAUUUAAAAUAUAUGAAACUAGCUUCCAUCGAAUUUCAUUUUGGUUUGGAUUUUGGUUCUAAGUUUUCGCACAUUACGGAUGUGUAUUAAAUGCACACUUAAACAUAAAAUCCAUUGCUAUAAAGCUGGUGAUCGAACCCAGGACACACUGGGGAACACUUGACCAACA